CUUAGGUUAGCAGUCUAUAAAUGUUCUAGCAGCUAGUAUCCUUUAUUUUAUUUAUAAUGCAAGGCCAAGGUUGAAUGAUCUCUGGGUGUAAGAGUGAAAGGGGACAGGAGAAGAAGUUUUGAGGUUAUGUAACUCAGGUGUCUGGUAGGCAGUGGCUUGGCGGCAACUGCUGAGAAUGCAUUAAACCAGUUCUGUUCAUUGUGGCCAACUAAAUUCAAACAUUCUCAGGUAGGCAGGCAGUGAGUAAGACUAGAUAUGCAAAAUCAGUUUUGGGGACAGCGCAGCUUCUGUCUGGUGACUGGGGCCAGCCAAGGCAUCGGUCAAAGCUUCGCUGUUGAAUUCGCUCACAGAUUCGCAGCAGGUUCUCACAUAGUGCUGUUGGCGCGGUCACAAGAUGGGCUGAAUCAGACCAAGGAACUCAUACAGGCCAGCAAUCCCAACGUGACAGUUCAGGUCCAUUCAGUGGACCUAAGCCAGGCUGACACUGCUGUAUUCAAGACCAUUCUACAAUCUGAUGAAAUCAAAGAUAAGGACUUUGACUUGGCAAUGUUGGUACACAAUGCUGGGUCCAUAGGUAAAGUUGAUCAGUUGGCAUCUGACAUCGAUGAUCCUCAAGAGUGGAACAGAUACAUGUCGCUGAACCUGUACCACGUGACAGCAUUGACAGCCGAGUUCCUGCGAAAAUUCACAUCGGGCCAUCGCUGCAUCAUCAAUGUGACGUCCCUCUGCGCGGUCAAACCUUUCAGGUCCAUGGGCUACUACUGCGUUGGCAAGGCUGCUAGGGAGAUGUACUUCAAGGUUCUGGCUGAAGAGAACAGCGAUCUGGAUGUCCUCAACUAUUCCCCUGGCCCUGUGGACACAGAAAUGGUUGCUGACCUCAUAAAGAAUGUACAAGACUCUGAGACCAAAUUCCAGUUCACGACCAUCAGAGACUCCAAGUCACUGGUGACAAAGGAGCAGACAACACAGAAAUUGGCUGCUUUGCUCACUUCGCACAAGUACAAAUCUGGAGACCGCUUCGACUACUAUGAUCGUCUGUGAUAGAUGUGUAGGACAACUGACAUAAUGUCUACAGUUCAUUGUUAUAUAGUGUUCCAUCUAUAUUGAUAUUACUACAUUUUAAGUGUUAAAACAAAGUAAUCUCCUUUUUGUUGGCUUUUGAUAAAUAUUUUUUGUAUUAAACAGAGUUGAUGAAUCUCUAAAUCCACAAAGUAAAUAUUUUGCUGUGAGCUUUUCAAUGUGUUCUGUUUAAAAAGAUCUAAAGUAUCACGUUUUAACUGUGUGAGUUGCUUAAGAGACUGAUUUGUUAACAUAAUUCAUUAUUUAUUUAAAAUACUAACAAAUAAUGUUUAACAUUAUGCAAACUUACUUCAUUUUUGUUCCACUUUCUGUGUUAAAGCUUUAAUUAGAUGAAUUAUAUUUGUGUUACCAUAAUAAGUAUAUUGUUUCAAAUGAAGAGGUUAAAAUAUUGAUGAAAAAGUUGAAGGAACAAAAUAACAUUCCGAUACCUUGACUAAAAAUUAAAUUGCCUAUAUUUGGUACAAAUAGAAUUUUGUUAUAUUAUUUGUUAGACAAAAUAUUACUUUAUUAAGCCUACUUUAUGUAAAGCAUUUGAUAGUAGUCUGAUGACUGAUAUAUUGUUUGAAUAAAUAUGCUAAAUAAAUAAA